AUGUCCCAAGCCAUCGUCCAGAGGGCCUGUGCAAAGCUCAGAUCCACCAUAGGAGAUGAAGCCGUGGUGCAUUUGAACUUCACCGGUGACCUGCGGGAGAUGUUGGAUGCGCUUGAGCUCAUCCAGCCGGUGCUGGAGAAAGCCGAGAUGCAGCUGUUGUAUCGCAAUUUCUCGACGGAAUGGCUGCGGCAGGUCAGGCAAGCCGCCUACAGGAUCAUGGACAUGGUCGACGAGUUGCAAGACACGAGGGCAUCGGCUGCUGUAACGCUGCGAUGGCAAGUUUUGGACCAACGGGCAACAAUACCAUGUUUUGAAGAAACAUCUGUUAUCGGAAGGGCGUUAAAUAAACAGAGGAUACUGGCGGUGCUGCUAUCUUCUGCGAGAAAUGUCACACAUCGGCCCCUUGGCUGCAUCAUUCUACCAAUAUUCGGGUUUCCAGGCAGCGGCAAGUCAACCUUGGCACAAAUGGUUUUUAACGACGAUACCGACUCCCUCCAACAAUAUGACUUUCGUGUAUGGGUCUAUGUCUCCCCAGAACUUGACUUCCAUGAAAUAUGCGAGUCUAUACUCUGUCAGGUGAUGCCAGGAGGAGGAGAAAAAGAAGACAUCAAUGACCCAUGUUCUAGUUCACAUGUGGAGGGAAUGUCAAUGGCAUAUGUAAUGAAGUGCCUUAAGGAGCUACUUAAUGGUAAGAAGGUGCUUCUUGUUCUGGAUGACCUGUGGGAGGAGGAUCCCAUUCAAUUGCAGCUGUUGAUGUCCAUGUUAACCUUCUUGGGUGACAAGGUGGAUGUCAUAGUGACCACAAGCAAUGAAGCCAUCGCGAGGAAAAUCUGUACUGUUGAGCCACACAGGCUAAAUCCCUUGGCCGACGAUGCGUGCUGGAAAAUAAUCAAUAAACCAGUCCGUUUCGAAGUACAAGAAGAGUUGAAGAACAUACGGCUGGAGAUCGCAAACAAGUGCUGGGGUUUACCAUCAGUGGCUCGAGCAUUUGCGGAUAUUCUAGAUUCGCGAGAUCGUAGAAGGUGGAUAUGGAUCAGGGAAAGAGAUGCCUGGAAGUACACCUGGAAAGGCUGGGAUUACUUUUUCAGCGAUACUUUGGAAUCUAACUUUCUGAUUUCAACUUUGGAGUUAAGCUACAUGAGUAUGCCAUCAAACUUGCGGCUCUGCUUUGCUUAUUUUGCCAUCUUCCCAAUUGGCCACAAUAUAGACAAAGAUGACCUGAUUUAUCAAUGGAUCGCUCUCCAUCUCAUUGAGCCAUCUGAAAGAUUGUCUGCCACACAGAUUGCGGAGGCGUAUAUUGCCAGGCUAUUGGACAUGUCAUUCCUUCAGGCUACAGAGUCAGACCCCGAAUAA